AUGGCUAUGAUCAAACUCCCUGAAGAUCGUCCUGAGUUCCUGCUGGACCUGAAUAGAUGGACGAUUCGCCGCUUCGAUGACUGCUGGAACGACUUCCGCUCUGAAUUGCAGACCAAAGGCUUUGGCGCAAUCUCUUACGCAUGGGGCGGAUGGAAGGAUCGUACAAUGUUUGCCAGAAACAGCCUGAAUCCGGAUGAUCACCAGUACCCAGCAUUCGAUAUUGGCGAAGAUAAUGAUAAGGUACCAUUAUCGUGGGUCUUCCCUAUUACCAGACAAGAACCCGGACAAUCAGUAGAGCAAUUCACCGCUGGCGAUGCACAGAGGGCUCUCGGAACUAUAGGGUUGAGAUUCGUCUGGUGGGAUUGGGCAUGUAUCCCUCAAGGCUUUAUAAAUCCCACCGAGCCAGACAAGGAGCAGUAUCGGAUUCAUCCAGAGCUGCUCCCCGUUAUGGACCAGGAGAUGAACAAGAUGCGUUAUGUGUACCCGAAUUCCAAGCGAGGCAUCAUAUGGGCCCACACCGUGCAUUGGGGCAGAGGUUCGGAGUUGGAGCAAGCCAUCAAGGCGUGUUGCAAUUAUCCUAUGACCCCCAGUCUGACCAAAACAGUGGUAGAGGUGGAGGAUGUGGUGACAAAGUUGGAGGAUGCAAAUAAGUCGGAGAUGUGGCUUCAAUCCCUCUGGUGCUUUCAAGAAGGCGUACUGUUCAGUCAUCCCGAUCGCCACGUGGAUCCCCCCGAUGCAGUCUUUCGGGAUUAUAUUGGCAGAUCAUUGCCCGUGCCAUCUAUACGGGGCGAAGGAGACCUUGCUGACUUAGUCCUGGCGGCAUCUUCAAUCGCAAGCACCAUCGUCCUUUUCCUCCGACGGCAAGCUGAGAGUCCCCAAGAGAAUCCUUUCGAGAAUUUUCCCGCGCCUGUCGAUCGAUUGGCCCUGUAUUUUCAACCUUGGUGUUUUGAUCCGGCCAAUAAUUUCAAUGUGCGCCAAAUGCUUGAUCGCGUCGUUAAGACUGGUCUGGUGUUUUACACUGCCCAAAGUCCGUUGUCGCUGUUGAAUGCGAGAUGGAAUCGUGAACGGGGCAAGCACUCUCGUCUGGCUGACAUAGAAGUCAAUACCGUCAUUGGUGCCCUGGAGGUCGAUAUCGAAAUAUACCAAAUUGAGGCGAGAGCUUUACCCGCUGAUGACAGGCUACCCAUUCACCGCGAGGGUAUGCUUGUGGAGCUCUUCAAAAUCUACCAGUGGCGCAUGCUGCUCUUCGCCACGGAGCUCCGCCAGCCAAGUGCCACAAUGAAAGCAGUGUGGUCAAGCCUGGUAGAGAUCAAAGAUGCAGUACAGAAGGUGCCAGUGUUUACCGCCCUCGAAUACUUUCUCUCGUCCGCACAUCUGGCCCAGCGCUUCAGGCCGCCCCCAACGAAAUACGUGGGUGAUCCUGCACCAGCGCCUCCUCGCGUUCCAACAAAUCAGUUUGCCUUGCCAAUCCUGGAGUAUUCACGCAAGCAUCGAUAUCUGAUCCUGCAUGGUCUUUCAGGAUUCCGAAUCUUUGAUUUGCAAACCUACACUGAGAGUAAACCAAUGUGGACCAAAUGCAUGUUUUACACGUAUGAGGGGAAUAUGGGACAUGGGGUUUUUGCUCCUGGAUUCAAGACUGUCCCAUUCGGCGAAUGGGAGAAAGUCUUCGGCGCCAAGUCAGUCCUGGUACCAGUCGAGUAUUUGCCCAUGAAGGGUCCUAACAUGAUGCCGUGGGAGAGGGUGAACCGGUUGAGGUUUGUUGUGCUGAACAAUUUCGGUCCGCCAGCAGAUUUGAAUUAUCCUUCAAGCACUGCCACAGAAUUCGCAGGAACUUUUAUUGGAGUAGUGGAUAUCGAAGGAGCACCCAAGUUGGAGGACGGAACUGUGGAGCUCAAGGAGGACGUCGCGUUGUUUUGA